UGACACCAUCGUCAUCUUAUGCACGUUUUCGGUGAUCUGCAUUUCUCAGCAGCGACCUAAAUCGGGUUCCCGCCAUCGGGGCCCUCAGUAAGAUCCACCGAGGUGCCGGUGCCCCGCGCCAAGUGAUCGCUUGCAGGACUCAACAUCGGACUCUCCCGCAACAUCCAACCGCAUAACGCUAUCGCCUGGCCCUAGGCGCAACAAUAGGGGCAGUGUUGAAAAUGUCAACCUAGGCAUUGUUGCCUGCCGCAUUAUGCAAGUACACAGACCGACCAUCUGAACUCGACCCCUACAAACCCUGAAACCCCAACAUAUCCCCAAAAAUGGCCGACAAAGUGCAACACAUCGACUCCCUCGCCUCUCUCAAGUCCCUCACGGACAGCACCAAAUACGUGGUCCUCGACUUCACGGCCGUGUGGUGCCCGCCGUGCAAGGCCAUCGCGCCCAUCUACGCCAAGCUGGCGGCCGAGCAUGCCGUCGAGGGCAAGCUGGCCUUUGGCAAGGUGGACGUGGACGAGGCGCCCGAGGUGGCCAAGCAGUUUGGCGUGACGGCCAUGCCCACCUUCCUGUUUCUUGUCGACGGCGAGCUGGCCGGCGUCGAGGUCGGCGACAAGGUCUCGGGCGGCGGCGCGCAAAUGGUGGAGGACGGCAGCACAAAGAUCGCCUCGAUACGCGGGGCCGACCCAAAGAAUCUCGCCGCUGUUGUCCAGGAGCUCGGGAGGCUGGCCAGGGAGGAGGCCUGAGUCGGUGAGUGAGCGUCUGUUAGGCUUAUUUCGGUCCUGGGCGCCUAUACCUUGGGUAGGACGUUCUCGUUCUUCGGACUCAGACUGUUAUCCGGAGGAUGAAGGAGGACUCAAUGAAGGAGGAAUGCCGUUGUAAUAACGGUGCUUUCGGAAGGAUACCAUGGGAUCGACAACUUCCUGAUAGAGGAACAUGGCAAUGGACCUGCGUCCCAAGCCCAUUUCCAAUACAUUACUCAAUUAGUUUGGGCAAACUUUCCUGAGCUGGAAAUACAAAUGUAUGUACGCCGACAAUGCUUG